CAUGUCACCGUCAUUUCCGGAUGCGGUAGAGUAGGAGUGGAAAAAAAACACUGCACAAUUAGCCGACCAACAGAUUAAUAAAUGACAGGAGGAAACAGAUCUUCAAGAUCGCCGGCAGCAUAUGUAAUUCGAAAAUCGGAUAUUUGAGAGGUUAUAUGAUUCAUCGUAAAACAAGACAUGUUAACCUCGCUGUCUAAGAAUUGAUUUCUUAUCGGAGGAGUCGGUGUUUUCAGGUCUGUUGCUGGCUAAAUGCUAGCUAGCUGGUAUAGCUUUCUGCAAGCUAGCUACUUAGCAAGACGAGUAGCUAAGAAAUUCGGAUUUGGCUUGAUGUGGUUGAGGGACCGAGCGGACACUAUGUAUGUGGAUUAAUUGUAUGCGGAUGUUUUAGCGGUGCCAAUGUAAACUUCUGUUAUAAUGUCACAGCGGUGUCUUUGACACUUUGUCUACACGCUAACCAGCGUUUAAGUUAAUAGCUAGCUAAGUGAAGAAGGUCAACAUUUUUUUGCGGCAGCAAACUGGCUAAUAUCACUAACGUUGCCGUCUCGUAGUUACUGAACCAUAGCUACCCUCCAGCGUCAUUGUAGCGUGAAAUGUAAGUUAUUUAGCCACAUUAGUGUCAGUUUUGUAGCUUGAGCCUUUUUAUGACAAAUAGGUACUUAGUUUAUGGGACUGUUUUACUCCGUCCAGUUUCUGUCUGUCUUCUAUUUUCCCGACUCAGACCCGUACGUGAGCAUAAUUCUGUGAUCAGAUAUGAGUAAGGGUCGCUGUCCCAGCCGGUAGCUUACAAACACCUUACCUUAGUCGUCAGCGGGCUGACUUAGCAUAUGUUGUGGUGUUUGCCGCUCUCCAUUUUGUAGCUUACCAGGAGGAAUAGUUACUUUUAUCUGAAGCUUUAACUAUUCGUUAUGUACAUGUUUUGUAAAAUAUAGACGCUCUAAGGCUGUUGGAUACCGAGGCUUUUGUGCAGUCCUGAAAUCCAGUUGGAACGUGGUAGGCUUUUUUUUUGUGUGUGUGUGCUCAGAGCCUUUCAUAUGCAACCGUUAAGACUGACACUUUUUUACCUACAAAACCUGAGCACGCCCUUUUCUAUUUAUUAAAGGAAUAUCUAAUACUUCAACAUCAGUGGAUAAUGAAUGGCCUAUCUGUCAGCGAGCUGUGCUGCCUCUUCUGUUGUCCUCCUUGCCCCAGCCGCAUUGCUGCCAAGCUUGCCUUCCUGCCCCCGGAGCCCACCUAUGCCCUUCUGCCCGACCUGGAGGCAGGGUCUGUGCCCGCGGGUGCGGCCACGGCGCCGAGCCUGAGGUCGCGGGGAGGAGGGGCUGGUGGAAGCACAAGCGGGGGCAGCGCAGGGGCUGGUGGCGUCAGUGCGGCCGGAGAGGGUCGAUGGAAGUUGCACCUCACGGAGAGAGCGGAGUUCCAGUACUCCCAGAGAGAGCUGGACGCCACGGAAGUGUUCCUCACGCGCUCCAGCCGGGGCAACAGAGUGGGCUGCAUGUACAUCCGCUGCGCACCCUCCGCCAGGUUCACCAUCCUGUUCUCCCACGGCAACGCGGUGGAUCUAGGACAGAUGAGCAGCUUCUACAUUGGCCUUGGCACGCGGAUCAACUGCAACAUCUUCUCCUACGACUACUCGGGCUACGGCGUCAGCACAGGGAAGCCGUCUGAGAAGAACCUCUACGCAGACAUCGAUGCCGCCUGGCAGGCUCUACGCACACGGUAUGGCAUCAGUCCUGAGAACAUCAUCCUGUACGGGCAGAGCAUUGGCACCGUGCCUACCGUAGACCUGGCGUCGCGGUACGAGUGUGCAGCUGUCGUCUUGCACUCCCCUCUAACCUCGGGCAUGCGGGUGGCCUUCCCCGACACAAAGAAAACCUACUGCUUUGACGCUUUCCCAAAUAUCGAGAAGGUGUCUAAGAUCACGUCGCCGGUACUGAUCAUCCACGGUACGGAGGAUGAGGUGAUCGACUUCUCCCACGGGCUGGCCCUGUUUGAGCGCUGCCCCAAGGCUGUGGAGCCGCUGUGGGUGGAGGGCGCUGGGCACAACGACAUUGAACUCUACAGCCAGUACCUGGAGCGCCUGCGCCGCUUCAUCGGCACAGAGCUAGCAGCGCCGCAUGCCUGAGAACCACCCCUCCCCAGCCCACACACACACACACACACACACACACACACACACACACACACAGCCACCCUCCUUUUUCUCCCCCGCCUCCUCCUGGGCCCAGGCCUGUUUAAAUCCACCCCUCUCUCUCUGUUUUUCUCUCCCUCUCUCUCACACACACACACACACACACACACACACACACACACACACACACUCUCCAACUCCCCGUCUGAGAGGGACUGAGUGGGCGGUCUCUGUCUGUCUGUCUGUGGGCCUCUUGUGUCACUGAGAAGGGGGAUGGUGCAGACCGCCCACUUACUCAGAACUGAACGAGUGAAUAUCUUUUUAUCUCUCACUGUUAUAGUCUUUUUUUAUUAUUAUUAUUAUUAUUAUUUUGGCCUUCUUAUUUUUUAGUUUGUUUUUGUUUCGUUUGCUGAUUAUCUCGUAACGUCAUGGCGGGCAGUGGCCUGCCCUUUCACCCCUGGUCUACACCAGCUGACCCAGCGUGACGGAGAAGGAGGGUGACACGGGCUGGGCGGACACACACCACCUCAGGCCCUCUCUCGCCUCGUCACGGCUCAUGUGUCUCGUCCACCCUCUCGUCUGUCUCUCUUCAC